AUGUCCGAACUCCUGGCUCCACCCUCGUUUCACGCAGGCGACACGGCGAGCGUCAAGAGCAUGGCACUGAUGGAUUUGGGGAAAUGGCGGAGAGUAGUCGGGUUAUUCCUCUUGGCCGUGACCAUCUUUCUAUGGACAGCCACGAACUUUUUGGCUUCAACCAUCUUCGCAGAUGAUACGUACAGCAAGCCAUACUUGGUCACCUAUAUCAAUACUUCGUUCUUCAUCCUUCCGCUUAUCCCGCUGUUGUUCAUCAGACAUCGCCGCAACCCCGAACAUCUGGCCAAGUGGAGCGGAGACUUCCGGUCAAGAAUCCGACGCCAAUAUGCCCCAGUUGUACAGUCGGACGAGAGUGGAGAAGCGGGACUCGACAGCCCUCUCCUCGAGAACGCCUCCAGCAUGCAUCUCGAUGACAGCCAGGUUCUCAACCCAAAGAAUCCAUACAGCGACACGACCGACGUCUCUACAGCCCUCGCACCGCUCAGUCUCCCGGAAAUCGCCAAGCUCAGUCUUGAGUUCUGCCUGUUGUGGUUCCUCGCAAACUACUUCGUCGCCGCCUGUCUGCAGUAUACAUCAGUGGCAUCCUCCACCAUCCUGACAAGCACCAGCAGCGUCUUUACCCUGCUCUUUGGUGCCAUCUUCAAGGUGGAGAAGUUUACGGUCUCGAAGCUUCUUGGCGUUGGCGCUUCUCUCUCGGGCAUUAUAUUGAUAUCACUUAUCGACCUGAGUGGGAGGAACAACAACGACGAACACCGCGGUGAUUUCCCGGAGAAGAGCAAUCAUGAGAUUGCGGUCGGCGAUAUGCUCGCCUUUCUCUCUGCUGUCAUGUAUGGCCUCUACGCAGUCUUCAUGAAGAAGCGUAUCACGGACGAGACGAGGGUCGAUAUGCCCGUCUUCUUCGGUCUGGUAGGCCUCAUCAACGUGCUGAUACUAUGGCCUGGAUUUGUCAUUCUUCACUACACUGGGAUCGAAACGUUCGAGAUGCCACCGACGGGAACGGUUACGCUAAUCAUCAUCUUCAACUCCCUGGCCAGUCUCGUGGCCGAUAUGGCGUGGGCUUAUGCGGUGUUAUUGACGAGCCCGAUCGUGGUAACAGUCGGGCUGAGCAUUACGAUCCCUCUAAGCCUAAUCGGCCAGAUUGUGCUGGUGAACCAAACGGUCGGGGCGUGGUACUGGAUUGGUGCGUGCAUCGUCGUGGGGAGCUUCCUGUUUGUGAAUCAUGACGAGAAGAAGGCCGUGGAGGCUGGCGAGGGAGCUGGCGAAGUGCCUUGA